AUGAUAUUAAUACUUAUCUUGAUCUUGAACGGGUUGAUGAAUUAGAUAAUAUACAAAAAUUAAUUGAUCACGAUAAUAUUAUUCUUGAAACUUUAACUGAUAAAGAUAUUAUACAAUCAGUACAGCCUACACAAAAUAAUAAUGAAAAAAAUGAAGAAAUA